AUGGCCGGCGGACGGGCUCAGAACAACCCAGCGCACAUUAAGCGCGUGUUCAUGACAGGUUUCGAGACGAGGCGGAGACCGCAGGGUCUGUUAACCCCAAGCUUAUGCCCAGGAUCAUUACUCAUGGUGGGGGCGGAAGUCGAGGAUGUGGGCCGCAACACGGUCUCGUCCCUCCUCAUCGAGUCGACAUCGCAGAGCAUGCCGAAGCAAUACUACCCCCAACAGCUCGGAUCAACCCGAUAUUUCCGGCCGAGGUUCGCUCCCACGAGUCCCAAGUGGUUGACAAAGAAGGCCAAGAGCACCGACAAUGUCGAUGUUAUCGAGGAACCUCCUCCGCUGGUGAUAAUGAAGACUCCAAGCCGCCUGAAGCAGUUCGAUGAAUCCGAAUUUCCAAAGAACGACGGCGGUGGACUCCAGCGGGGGUUCGGCACAUCGAGAAUCACGAACGAUUAUACGGCGACUCGCGGAUGGUGGAUAUUCGGGGAUUCGGGGAGGUUACUAGAGUUCUCGCAGUUCGACGGUGGCAGAGAAACGCUCCUGGUCCUAUUCACAAAACGGUUGACGCGCGAUUAUGGAGAGGACGCCAGGGCGAGGGGGGCGGACUCGUCUCGACUGCCGAAGAAGACUGCCGGAAGCAAGGACGCCAAGUGCAAGCUCGCUGGCCGCUUCCUCCGGCGACUCCGUGCGACCGACGACACGGUGGAUGAAGUCAACACCCGCGAGAAACCUACCGACACCCUUGCAUCGUCCCGAACAGCCUGCACAGCAAGCGCAUGCCCGUACAGAGAGUACGACGGCCACUUCCGUCGGGAAGCCGGCCAAAAACUUCAAUCAAAGGCUGAGAAGUUGCCAGCAAGCGUUCCGUGUCCAGACAUCCAUCCAUUGCUCGACCGCCCUGUCCCCACUGCUGCAGCUUCCGACGGACCACAAGAUCUGAUGGCAAUCGUUGUUGCUUCCCGCUCGGCGGCGGGGUGCACCCAGGACUCCCUCGUGGAGAUCAUGAUGCGCAAGCAGAGAGCAAAUUCUGACCGUGAUAAGAGCACGCCCUGCCGUGUCGUCAUUACAUCGCCGCCGCUGAGAUCAAAUCUAAAACCACCAGAGCUCGAGGUCCAGCCGGAAGUGAAGUGCGAUUGA